AUGUCAUCAGAAGGUGAUGUUAAUCCUAAAGCUUAUCCACUAGCUGAUGCUAAACUUACAAAAGAUAUUCUCGAUCUUGUUCAUCAAGCACAGAAUUAUCGACAAUUACGAAAAGGUGCAAAUGAAGCAACAAAAACACUCAAUCGUGGAAAAUCAGAACUGAUAAUAAUGGCUGCAGAUACAACACCUAUUGAAAUCUUAAUGCAUUUACCAUUACUAUGUGAGGAUAAAAAUGUUCCGUACGUAUUUUUACGUAGUAAACAAGCACUAGGUCGCGCUUGUGGUGUAACACGUCCAGUUAUAAGUGCAAGCAUCACUAUUAACGAAGGUUCACAAUUAAAACAACAGAUUCAAACGCUAAAACAAAAUAUUGAAAAAUUAUUCACUUAA